AUGGCAGUCGACUACUGCACGGAAGGCGCUGGAAAAGAGCGCGUCGAGGCGCUGUGGAGAGCAGAGGCUCUUGCUAUAGAGGUCUCUAAGUGGAAGCCGCUUGAAUUGGUUUGGGGUGUGCAUUUUGGAAUCUCAUCCAGUUACACCGUCGUUGGAUCCGAUUUCACCGUACCUGAGGUGAAGAGUCAAAGUCCACAGGCUCCUGGAUUGGGGAUCCGUGGUUGGUGUGUUGAGAACUUCCUUCCAACAAUGUGCCGGAGUUUCAAAAGCCUGGCUGGUAGGUUCACUUGCAGGAUUCCCUACAGAUGUUCCUGGCCUGGCGCGGCAGCUCCUGCCACCAACAACUUGAGAGCCAUGACUUAUGAUACUUAUGGAUCUCUAUUAGGCACCCCCUGGGAGGUCUAG